CCAUGAUCGAAUUGCGAUGACGUUCACUCGUACUGUCAAAAACAGCCCUCCGCUAGUUUCGCUUAGGUGCCCGGCUAGGAAUAUGACGAGUUUGUCCACGGUGUUCUGUGCUGCCCCGAGAGUGUCGUAUAGGGAAAUUCAUAGUGUGAAACCUGUCUCCGGUAGCAGAUAAAGCGGACGCGGAGUGGCACGAGUGACGGCGAGAGUAAACACACGCGGUCUGCUGUGGCUAUUAUUGGUGGCGCUGGUACGGGCCGAAGCGAGCGAGGGAACAAACGAACGAGCGAGAGAGAGAGAGCGAGACAAAUCUGGUCCUGGUUACGUAGGCCCCUCAGUGGUUGUUGUUGCUGCACCAACACACCCUCAGCAGCGGUACGGGUACGGCUAUCUCUUUCGUGCGCACUUUGCCUAGGUUGAGGAAACUUUGAAACGAAAUUUUUGUAGUCGGACUGCGGACCUAUUGCUAUGUGGUAGUGGUGGUGGAAAUUGUUGACGUGUGUACUUACCUACAUUAUUGCGAGUAUUUUUUGUAGAUCGCUCUGUUCGUAGUGACGGAGCAGUAUACGUAAGAGAAGAAGAAACCAAAACAAAUAGAUUGUGACGACUAAUGAAAAAACUAUCCACCUCUACCGGAGUGUGCGCUAACGGCUUAACCCUUCUUCCUCCCAAACAUCAGCCGGGAGUGUAUUUUGGGAGGACUUCAGAGAAACGCGAAACCGAUCCAUCGGAGGCAGCAUCCAGUAUUGCGAGCUGGCCCGUCGCAGAGAACACUCUGCUGACCACAACCUUCCCUGUCUGCCCCUCGUUUUCCAACACGCACGCUGACUACUAACGCCCCAAACUGGCGGGAAACUCUCGGAGUCUGUGGCAGCUGAAGCAGGAAGCCAUGGACAACAUGGUCGAGGAGAAUGGAUCCUGUUCGCUUGACCCGCUAGCUGGCACCCCGGAUCAACACAACAACAGCUCCAGCUCGAGCGGAGCACACAGUACCGGGGCCGGGGGCAGUUCUAGCGGUCCCGAAACCAUUGUACAAAUUCUUCCGGCAUCGCAAAACACAAGCAGUGUACAGGCACAAUCAGUCAUACAACAGAACCAGCAGUCAGUGAUACAAACGGCGGCCGGUCAGAUACCAGCGUUACCCAGAGGCGUAUUAUUAGUGUGUAACAAGCCCAGCUCAGUGAUCCACACAACGCAAGGAAGUUUGCAGGCUAUACAGAUUAAACCAGAACCGCACGUCGGUAGCGGGGGCAGUAUCAUGACCGAUACCAACAGUGACGAUACGCUGUCGGAUGACGAGGCCUCGCCAAAGAAGCGAAGAGAUUUACUUACACGACGACCAUCCUAUCGUAAGAUUCUGAGCGACCUCGGCGGAGCGGAAAUUGCAAAUGCCCCGAGCGAUGGUCCAGGACUGCAUGCGAUAGCAGCGACCGGCGGUGGCGUAGUGCAAUAUACCCAGGCCCAGGAUGGUCAAAUUUACGUACCUCAUCUUUUUCCCAAUGCAGUCAUCGGCGGCAACGUUCAGCUCGAAGACCAAUCCCGCAAGCGAGAGAUGCGCCUGCAGAAGAACCGGGAGGCGGCCCGGGAGUGCCGGCGUAAGAAGAAAGAAUACAUCAAGUGCCUGGAGAACCGAGUGGCCGUCCUGGAGAACCAAAACAAGGCCCUCAUCGAGGAACUCAAAUCCCUGAAAGAGCUGUACUGUCAGCAGAAGAAUGACUGAGGAUAGCCCGCUGCAUCAUCGCCACCACCACCACCACCACCACCUGCUGCCGCCAACGUUGUCGUCGUUGUUGCCACAUCUACCGGACGGGGAAAGCAAAGCUCCCGGAAGUAGAUGAUCCGCAUCGAAUCAGAUUUUGUUCGACUAUUUUGUAAACAACACACACACUCACACUACACACACACACAAGUACACACACUCAACACACUUCCUUGCUGGAAGGAAGAAGAAAUCAAGCCGCGAUGGGGGGAGGUAUUUUUGCUCCCCUCCACACAUCAGAGGAGUGCAGAUUUGUACGCGCGCCACAUCCAUCCAAUUAUGUAAAAAGUACACACAUAGAAAAAUAAAAAUCUGUUAGUUUUUAAAA